AUGAUAGCUCCUCUUCCUUCUUGUAAAAAGAAAGACAAGAAAAAGAAGAAAAAGAAAGAUAAGAAGAAGAAGAAGAAGAAGAAGGAUUCCUCUUCAUCCUCAAGUGAUUCUUCUAGCAAUGAUGACAAGAAGAAAAAGAAAAAAAAGGACAAGAAAAAGAAAGACAAGAAAAAGGACUCAGAUUCUGGCAGUGAUGAUGACAAGAAGAAGAAAACGAAGAAGAAAGACAAGAAGAAGAAAAAAAAGAAAGACAAAAAAAAGAACUCAAGCUCCAGUUCACCGAGCUUGUCUGAUAGCUCCAGUGAUAGCAGCAAAGAGAAUAAAAAGGAGAAGAAGGAAGAGAGUUCAGGAUCAUUUGGAGGUAAAACUGACAAGGAGAAGCCAUUUGAAAGCCCCUAUGGUGAACAAAGUGACAAGCCAAAAAUGGAAGCUUCAGGCUUAGGCGGUGGCGGCCUUUCAACCAGCAGCUCCAAGCAAAGCAGCGCUCAGGCCGGUCCGUUCACAUCACUUCCCUCCAAACCUGUUGUAAAACUGGAUCCUCUGAGUUCUUCAGCUGCGUCUAAGCCGUCCAUCUCUGGAUCCCACAGAGACUGGGUUGGGAUUCACAGGUCCCCCAGCCCCAUGGAGAGCCUGAUAGGGAGCCCCAGGAGGACUGGAGAUGGAACAACCCGCACCACUGUUUACCUCACCUCAACUGACCUGCUGAGAGGCCCCAAACCUUACCAACCAUGAGCGGUGCCAUAGAGCCAAAUAGUUCCUGAUUAAAAUGCAAAUGAACAGAAAUGUGGCUUACAUGACAUGUUAUGUGUGAUAUACUAUCAGUUGUUGUUCUUUGGGGAUUGAAAUGUAAUUAAUUCACAUUCAAGCUCAUUUCUAUGUUUUGUUUUCCACCAGAUUAACGGGGUUGCUAAAAAAAAAUGCAAAUCUCUUCUGCAUUUCUUUUUUAAAAAAUGGAAUUAAAGAGCUCAUUUAUCAAGAAAUUUACAGUCACAUGAAAGAAAGCUAAUUGUUUGCUUUGGGGAAUAAAACAGCAUGAUUUCAAUCUUAAUAUUUGUUUGCUGUGUUUGCCUUUUUUAUGAGCAGCCUUAUUAGAACUUCCACAUAUUGAAUCACUAAUAACUCAUUCACUGCUUUCAAAGUCCCACUCUGUCACCUUUACAGUCAUCUAACGAUUGUACUUGUUUUUAGUUCAGUAGGAAGAAAAAAAAACUAAAACUAAAACGAGCACAAUCCUCAGUUAGAAGACAGCGCAGACCUCUCAUUGUAAUUCUUUUCUUAUUCUUCUUUUUGACAAUGAUUUUGAUGUGGUGGAAUGGGAGAUUCUCAUCAACGAUGUGCAGCUGACAAAUCUGCAGUAUGUGCCAUACAUGAAAGAUCCGGCUCUGAGAGCUGAUGCUUGGUAGGGAAUCAGAAGAGAGUGCUUAGCUCUUAGCGCUCAGCCCCAGAUCUGCCCACUCACUGCCUUGUUUGGAUUGGCCCACAUGGACAGGCGGCCAAUCACAUGUGAGGAUAUAGGAUCAUACCAUUAUGUGAAAACAAAGGGAGGGAGGGGGGGUUGGUUUCAGACGCUACACUGCAAGUGAGACAGCAGACAUCUGUGAGGACAGUACAAGUGAGUGCAUCGUGUCAUCAAACCCUACUCACAGAGAGGAGAAACCAGAUCAUCCAUCCAAGAUUAGGCAUCUUAUUUUUCUGAAUGCCAACCUGCAUUGGGGACUUUCUUGAGUUUGGUUCUCGUUCUGUUUUGUGGAUAUGUUUGCUGUUUUUUGUUAAUUUGUGCAAUAUAAGGUUUUUGUUGAAAUAUUAAACAAAAGUAAGUGGUUUUGUAUCACAAUUAAUACACAAAAGAAGGCAAAUAUAAGGCUUCUCAUAAAAAUGCUGAACACAAAAGGGUUUUCAAAACACAAUUCAUUCAUUUUUGAGUAGUUAAGGUAAAUUAUGGGACUACAAAAGAUGCUAAAUUAAGAGCCGUUUAGGAGCCAAAAGAGCCGGCUCUUCUUUGGGAGUCCAGCCAAAAGAGCCAGCUCUCUGAAAAGAGCCGAACAUCCCAUCCACUAAUCUGCAGCAACUGUCUGACGCUAUCAUGUCAAUAUGGAGCAAAAUCUCUAAGGAAUGUUUGCAAAACAUAAAUCUUUAACUAGCUUUAUUGUUAUAUCCUCUCCUUCUUUUUAUUAUUACUUCUAUUUUUCAACAUGAGAAAAUAAAUUACAUUCUUUAUCCUGUGUAACUACGUUCUAUCUAGAAUUAUGUUUACUAAGUAAAUAAAUAAUAAACGGAUGGAUGGAUAUUGUAGUAAACACACAUUAACUCCGACAUUUCCGCCUGUACCUAAACGCAACUCCCAGGUGAAAGUGAUUCGGUGGUAGCCAGCAGCAAACUGGGGCGUGGUUUGUUUCUGUGCUUUAGGUGCCGUCAAACAGUUUUCGACAGGUAAAGAAGGACACAGUCGGAUCAGGUAGGGUUUGGAAAAGCACAACUAUGGAUUUGGAUUUGUCAUCAGCUGUGAAUAAAGACGAAGACGUGAAGAAGGAGGAUGCACAGAAGAAUGAGCUAAGCUGGCCUUGGGGCAAGAACAAAGAUAAGGAUAAGAGCAAAGAUAAGGACAAGGGGGACAGCAAGCACAAGUCGGACAGCAAGGACAAGUCAGACAGUAAGGACAAGUCUGACAAAGACAAGUCUGACAGCAAGCAUAAAGUCGGACAGCAAAGACAAGUCGGACAGCAAAGACAAGUCCAAGGAUGGACAUGGCCAUGAUAAGAAGAAGAAGAAGAAGGGUGAAAAGAAAGAGGGGAAAAAAGGAUCCUCCUCUUCCUCCUCUGAUGAGGACUGAUUCUUUCUGUCUAUCAACUGGUGCCAUGGAAACAAGGCUGAGACUUUGUACAUAAACCUGAACUAAAUGUGACAAUAAAAAGAUCUAAAUGGG